AACGUGCUCAGCGAUGACGUCCCCAACGAUGAUUAGCUGUUGACCUCUUAUCGUUUGUAUCUUAACGACAAACAUGGCGCAGGUAGGUACAAAAACAUGCGAUAUUUGUACGAGUGCCUUAAGUGAGUUUUAUUGUACUGAUUGUGAACAAUAUUUUUGUGGGUUUUGUAAAAGUUUACAUAAGAGGCAAACAGGGACGAAAAAUCAUGUAUUUCAGAGCAGUUUAGAUGUGAUCCCGGAAGUAAAAUCAAAGUGUAAAGAACACAAUGAAGAUUUUAUAUUUCUCUGUUCUGGCUGUGAAGUGCCUGUUUGUAGAAAAUGCAUUGCAGGGAAACACAAUGGUCAUAACGUUGCUGAUAUUGACGAUUCCGUCACCGUUUUGACUAAGAGCAUUCAAAAAGCAAUCGACAUAAAAUUAAAUGUAGCAAACCAAAACUUAAUGCAAAUAGAGUGUGGAAUCAAAGAUUUUGAUACAGACAUUUACUCCAUCAUUAAUGGAAUAAUAAAGGAAGCACGAAAAAUGAAAUCAAUGAUCGAUCGUACAAUCCAAAGACUGAUCGACGAUAUAAAUAAUAAAACAAAGCAAGAACGAGAAAAGCUUACAAAAAUUAUCGUGGAAGCGCAAAUGGGAUUAGAAAAGGGAAAACUAUUGGAACAAAAAGGAAAAGAACUUAACAAAACAAGACACGAUGUUACCCUUCUUCAAAAGCUGAAAACCCUGAAUAGUGAUAUAUCUAUGUUCGAGGUUGUAACCGUUCCACUUCUUCCUUCUAUUAGAUAUACACCAAAAUUAAUAUCUGAACAAAAUUUGCUUGGUUUGUUUGGAACGUAUAGUGUGAGUGAAACUCAUAGCAUGGAAAAUACACCAUGGCCAACUUACAAUAAAGAGACAAGAAGUGAAGAGCAGCAGGGAAUAAUGACAGCAGGAAAGCUUUACAGAUGCAACAACUGCGGGCAUGAGAAAAUUGUUCCAAUUGACAGAUAUGGAUAG